CGUCGUAGGUUUUGUAUGUUAUACGUGAAUGUAUUUUUUUAAGACGAUUUUAAUCAUCAAACGCGGGGCUAACAAUAACGGAUCAAGGAUUAUGUGUCUUUCAAGAAUAGUGACGUAAUAUGGAGGAUAAAUAUACGACGCAGAUGAACCCGGCAACCUUAAAAUCGUGGCUGCAACGCGGUGAAUUCGAGAAGCUACAGCAUGUCGUCCUCGAAGGUCGCGGUGCUCGCCUGUUAGGUGAACAAUCGCCGGAUCUCAGAACUCGUGUCUUCCUGAAAGGACUCCCGAAUUACUUGACAAAAAUCUCUCAAGUGCACGACGCAGUUUCCCGCGGUUCUCUAGCUGAAACGCAAAGGUUCAUCUUAGAGGAACCCAAGAAGAAAUUGGCAAUCGCUAAGGAUUCAACUGGCAAGUCCUUGCUUCAAAAAGCGGUCUACUACGACCAACAGGACAUCGUCGAGUGGCUGGUGAAUAAUUAUCCCAACAUUGUGCAUCAGAGAGAUAGGGAAGGCAGAACAGCGUUGCAUUACUGUGCAGCCUGCAAGGAUCCGGAAGCAAUUUGGGAUGUCCUCGUAGAAGCCGGUUGUGACGCGAGCAUCUGCGACAAAAAGGGCAAUCCGGCAGCUUAUUACCUGGAAUACAGUUCGGAGAUUGAGUUACCAGAAUCGGAGAACAUGUAUCGCCGAAAAGCAAGCAGCGCCAAGGAGCCACUGGAUGUCAAACCUUCUAAUAUUAGAAUAUGGAUCCACAACCGAGACAUAGGAAAAUUACAACAGGUUCUAUGGGAAGGACAUGGAAACAAAUUGCGCAGGGAGACCAGCAACAAUCCGCGCGUGAAAAGGUUUUUAGAAGCUGUACCGUUCAUAAUGGGCAGUGUGAAAGAUAUCCACUCAGCCACAAUACAAAACGAUUUAGAGGAAUUUAGGAAGAAAAUAGACUCUACCUCGCCCAUCAUUCUCUGUAGCAAGGAUUCUAAUGGUUUAAAUGUCUUACAUAAGGCUGCUGGAUUGGGACUGACAGAAAUAGCACGAGAAAUUCUGUCGUCCUAUCCUUCCGUCGUGGAAGCGGUGGACAAUGAUGGAAAGACUCCAUUGCAUUAUGCAGCCGCAGUAAAAGACGACGGAGAAUUAUACAAUUUGUUAACGGAGUACGGGGCUGAUGAAAGCAAAUUGGACAAUAGACAAAAAGCUGCAGCGUUCUAUAAGAAUCGACCUUCAGAUAUAGAUCAUGGACUCUUAUCGGUUAUACCGGAAGCUCCUCGAGUUUCCGGUACCACAUACCCCAGACACUGGGAUUGGAGGAUCUUGGAAGCCGAAAUUCCAAGAGGUAUGAAGAAAGCCAACAGUGCAGACAUUGACAGCGCGUUUGGAAGCGCUGAGUCUGCAUCGAAGAAAUAUAGCAGAUCAAUGGAGCAGAUAAAACGAUCAGAAGGCGAAGAACAGAAAGACCAAGAGGACUCGGCGGACGCAGAAGAGGCGGAGAACGAAGAUGGCGCCGAGAAAGCUGAAGAACCCGCGGAGAACGAAGGUGAGCCAGAGAACCCAGAAAAUCCAGAGAACGUAGAAGAACCUGAAAAUCCCGACAAUUCAGAGAACCCAGAAGCAGCUGAGAAUCCAGAAGAAACGGAUGAAGCGGGGAAUGAGGAAAAUCCAGAGGCUGCGGAGGAAGCGGAGGAAGCAAAAGAGGGCGAGGGCGAAGAGAAGAACGAAGAAGAAGCCGCGCAGGAAGCGGCGAAGGAGGACUCGGAGGGAAGGUCCUCGGACGACGAUGUGGUGACAGGGAUACCAACGGAGGAAACAGGAGAAACCAAAGAGGAAGAGGAGCCUGAGAACGCCGAGGAGGAAGCAGAGAAGGCCGAGGAGGAAGCAGAAAAGGCUGAAGAGGAAGCAGAGCCUGAAGCUGCAGAAGAGGCUAAGGAAACGACGGAUGACGCGGAUGGGACUAAGACAGAGGAUGCCGAGCAAGAGGAGGAAAGUAAGGAACAGGAAGAGAGAAACGAGCCGAGCACGGGUGAUUCAGGGGUCGAUGAUCCAGGAAACGACGAAGACCAGGUGAUCGUCGGCGAGCACGAGGAGCUUCCGGAGGCAGAGCUGAACGACGCAGGCAUGACGGCGGACCCGGAAAUCGAGAAGCUGCUGGAGAACGGGAACAUGGAGCAGCUGGCAGCGUUGGUCCUCAACGGGGAAGGCAGGAGACUAGUCGGCCGGAACUCGGGGAAUCCUGAACUCCAGGCUUUCAUUGAUCGCGUCCCUUCGUACAUGGGAAAGAUUCAUGCUAUACACAUGGCAGCGAGAGAGGGAAAUCUGAGGGAUCUACAAAGUGCUUUGGACCGUCGCAAGUUUGCUGUCGCGAGGGAUGGAUCGUCUCCGCAUGGUUCUACGCCGUUGCACGUUGCAGUUGUAUUCGGGAACACUACUAUUAUUAGAUAUCUGGCAGGGAGGUUUCCAGAAACCACAAACGCGAUCGAUCUAAAUGGCCGAACGGCUUUACAUUAUGCGGCAACUCUUGCAGACAACGGCCAUUACUACAACCUCUUGCUUCACUUGGGUGCCAAUCCUUUGACUCAAGACAACUUCGGGCAAAAGGCGGACUAUUACAAGCAAGAUCAGUCAGAAUUAUCGCAUAAAUCUUUGCUUCGCGAUUUCGGAGCGAACGAGAAACUCGCCGACGAAAUGUUGACUGACAAAGUUCCCGGAGGCGACACGGUCUCCGCCCGCCGCGACAUAACCGAACCGGAGAUCCUAGCUACCCUGGAGAGGUGUUUCCGUCUGCUGGCCGGCACGAAGUACACCACCGGCAUCAAAUCUGCUGGGAACUCUGGUACACUGCUGAACCGUUGCCUGAAACGUCACGUGUUCGAUCGUAUCAAGCACCGUGUGACUCGCAUGGACCACAAUCUCUUUGAUGUGAUUUGGCCCGCUUUAAAGAAACACAACUCAAACACCAACACCAACGUGAGUAGCGCCUACUCGACGAUCAGCGGUAAUUCCGAAGAAGACGACAGCGUCAUGGUGGUAGCGCCUGACUAUGAAAGCUACACCGUCUUCAUGGAAUUCUUCGACCCCUUGAUCAGAGACAUCCAUUGCGUGACCGCUAGCGGCGAUCUACCUGAUCACCCUUCACCGAGAUUCUUCCUGCCUGACGAUGAUGACAGAGAAGAAACUAUUGACAACAUCGACGACGCCACCAUUGCUGCGAUUGAAACCUAUGAUCUUGAUGUCCAAGCGAAAUACAUUCAAACUGCGACGAUCGAGUGCUGCAGGAACUUGGAGAAGUAUCCUUUUCCGCUGACUUUGACUGUGAAUCAGCUGGAAGAUGUAGAACGUGUGAUCAUCUCGGAACUGAUGAGUCCAGACAUCGCGGGGAUCAUAGCUGAGGGUAGCAGCGAAGAUGAGGCAGGAACAUAUUUCACUCUCAACGAAAUCCUAGAUCAGCCCAGCCCAAUUAGAGCUCAGUUAGCAGCAGCUGGUCUGCUGUUACCGAUCACUGACUUUGAGCUACACGAUGAGAAACGUCUUCAUGGGAAACACUGGCCUUACGGACGAGGUGUCUAUGUAGCUUCAGCUGGAGAUCUAGUGGCCUGGGUGAACGUCCAAGAUCAUCUGAGGAUCAUUUGUCGGACCAGCGAUAACAGGCCAGGUCUGAUAGGUCGUGCCUACGUGAGACUGGCAAAAAUUAUGGUGAUACUGAAUGAUGCAAUGGACUUUAGGAUAGACAAGAAACUGGGGUUUCUGAGUUCACGACCCUACGCUAUUGGUAAUACCCUAAAAUUCAAUCUGAUCAUACGAUUCCCAGAGUUGUCGAAGGAAUACGAUCAUUUGAAGCAUUUGUGCGUGGUGCGUGGGCUGAGUAUUCGGGAAACGGUCAGACGUGACACUGUUAAAAUUGGUAAUCAACAAUCUUUGAGUAUCACGGAGAUCCAGACGCUUCAAGACUUUUCCAGGGCUGUGUCGAAUAUCUUAGCCCUGGAGAAGGAAGUGGCGAUCAAUAACUCGAUGAAGAUAGCCAAUCUGCUCGCGGGAAUAUUCCGGAAGCGAAGCAGCGCGAAACGUUUCCAGAAUUAA